CCACAUAUCGCUUUAGUUUCAUCUCUACGUUCGUAUUUCCCUGGCACUCAGCGCCUCGAACGAAAUAAAGAAUUCGAUCCGUUGAAUCCGCAUCAAGAGACAGCCAUGUUGGAGGGUGACGUUUCUUCCGUGCACCGAAAGGGAUCUGUACCGGAUGUGAAUGGUGGAACCUCAGAGACUGGUUCCGUUCAUACUCGUCCAGAUGCCUGGGCUGGACAUGGCUCUGGUGAAGGUCAAGCCGUGGAGGCUAAUCGUAUGGAUGCGUCUUACCGACCACUGACCCCGGCCAAUACAUUUCCGUCACAUUCACGACCGGAACUGGUUACUCAAGGAAUGCCCCCUCGACCCAAUUCAGUUAUCGCCGCUGGAACAAUGACCGGGCAAGCGUCCACGCAAUCUGGUGGUUCACAGCCACCGUAUCAAACAGCACCAUCUACUCAGUACGCUGCUUUUCAGCCACAUCCGACCGAUCCGUCAAAAUCAUUUGGUCAGACAUUGCCGGGUCAGGUUAGUGAUGCAAACGGAUCGGUUCCGUUGGUUGCAACCGGGGCCAGCAAUCCAUUAAUGCCACCGCCUCCUGGUGCACAAACAAUGCACAGGCAAUCUGCUCCGGCCAAUGGUCCACCAACUCUUGGACCUUACGGACGUCACAUGACCCCAAUGGGUACUCGUCCAGGUGGCACACUGAUCACGCCACCUCCUCCGGCAAGUAGUAGUGCUGGCUUGAANCCCUCCGUCCACACUUGGGAACACUGA